AUGGUUGAAAAGAAGUACGACAUUGAGGCUCCUGAGCAGUCUCACCACAUCGAAUCCUCCAGCUCUGCUGAGAAGUCUGAUGCUGAGGUUGCUCGCCAGUGGACCGACGACAUCAAGCGCAAGCCAGAGCCAGAGGCUGUCACCAGCACCACGAAACAGAAGAAUCCCCUGGCGGGCCUCACCACCGAGGAGCUGUUCCAGGAUGUCGAAAAGUUCGCCAGAGAAAAGGACCUCGAGCACAUUUUGCCGGAUUUGAAGAAGGGUGCUCUCGUUGCGCAGGAUCCGAAGCGGUUUGAAGACCUCAGCGACCUGACAGAAGAAGACAAAGAGUUUCUUCGCCGUGAAAAGACACACCGAUGGCAUCAGCCGUUUAUGAUGUACUUCAUGACCAUUCUGUGCGCCGGUUCUGCUAUCGUGCAGGGUAUGGACCAGACUGCCGUCAAUGGAGCGCAAGAGUUCUACUUCGAGGAGUUCAACGUGACAAACGAAUGGCUUCGUGGCCUUAUCAACGGUGCACCAUACCUAUGCUCUGCUCUCAUUGGUUGCUGGACGACUGCGCCCCUUAACCGGUACUUUGGCCGUCGCGGAUGUAUCUUCAUUUCCUGCUUCAUCUCCUUUGCUGCCUCCUUCUGGAUGGCUGCUGCGCACACCUGGUGGAACCUCUUGCUCGGCCGUUUCCUCCUCGGUCUCGCUGUCGGUGCCAAGUCCACCACGACUCCUGUCUACGGUGCCGAGUGUAGUCCCGCAAACAUUCGUGGUGCCUUGGUCAUGAUGUGGCAGAUGUGGACGGCGUUUGGUAUUAUGCUUGGAUACAUCGCCUCGGUUGCUUUCAUGGACGUCCAUGUUGAUGGUCUCACCGGUUUCAACUGGAGACUAAUGUUGGCUUCGACUGCCAUCCCCCCCUUCUUUGUCUGCAUCCAGGUGUACUUCUGCCCCGAGUCGCCCAGAUGGUACAUGAUCCGAAACCGCUACCACGAGGCAUUCGACGCCCUGUGCAAGCUGCGGCCCUCGCAGUUGCAGGCCGCUCGUGAUCUGUACUACAUCCACGCUGCGCUCCAGGUUGAGGAGAAACUCCGCGAGGGCAAGCGUCUGUGGCGCGAGAUGUUCCUGGUUCCCCGCAACCGACGUGCCGCCCAGUCGUCCUUCUUUGUCAUGUUCAUGCAGCAAUUCUGCGGCGUCAACGCCAUCAUGUACUACUCCUCGUCCAUGUUUAUUGACGCCGGGUUCAGCCGACGCACUGCUUUGAUCACCUCGCUGGGCUGCGGUAUCACCAACUGGAUCUUCGCCCUUCCUGCAGUGUACACCAUCGAUACCUUUGGUCGCCGGAACCUGUUGCUCACCACCUUCCCACUCAUGUCUAUCUUCCUACUCUUUACGGGAUUCUCUUUCUACAUCCCCAUGGAGACCCACGAAACGGCGCGAGUCGCCUGUGUGGCUACGGGAAUCUAUCUCUACAUGAUAGUCUACUCCCCCGGAGAAGGCCCCGUUCCAUUCACAUACUCAGCCGAAGCAUUCCCCCUCUACAUCCGCGACAUCGGCAUGUCCUUCGCAACCGCCACGACUUGGGGCUUCAACUUCAUCGUCUCGCUCACCUGGCUGCCCCUCGUGAAGGCGUUUAGCUCACAGGGCGCAUUCGGCUGGUACGCGGCCUGGAACGCAUUCGGGUGGGUGACGGCCUACUUCUGUCUCCCCGAGACGAAAGCGCUAUCCCUCGAGGAACUCGAUCAGGUAUUUUCUGUGCCCACGCGCCAGCAUAUUGCGCACUACGCGGAGAUGCUGCCCUGGUACUUUAAGAAGUAUAUUGCGCGCACGGAUGUGCCGCCGCAGAAGCAGCUGUAUGAUUACGAUUAG